AUGCCCGCAGCUUGCCGCUGGCUGCUGGCCGUUCUGAUUGUCGCCGCCGCAGCCGCCGGAGUGUCGAAGUUCUCGGCGUCAGAGGUUGGGCAGGCUUCACAGGUGACCAGCAGAAUUGUGGCUGUUGAGGAGGCACCGGAGGGGAGGUUCCCUUGGAUAGUGUCCAUCAGGAACCCUGUCAGACUUCACCGUUGCGUGGGUAUUCUGGUGAGCCGCCGGUUUGUCCUGACCGCCGCCCACUGCAUCGACGACAUCGGGAAGAACGCCAUCGUUCACAUCGGCCCGUACAGAUUGAAUGAUGCGGAGGAGCAGCUUGGGUCUCCCAGGGUCAUGCGUGCGCUGACCACAUUUGUGCACCCAAAUUGGAAGAAGAAGUUGCAACAUGGAUAUGACUGCGCACUGUUGAAGCUGCCUUGGGAUGUCGAAGGCGUUCCUACGCCCACCCUCUCCGAGAAGGGCACCCAGCAUCCUGGAAGCACAGACGUCUUUGCCCUGGGAUGGGACGUCCGGAGGGGUGGAUCCCAUGAAGUCUACGAUAAUCUGCGGAUGGCGACGUCACUGCAGAUUGUCGAGAAUCGCCAUUGUCCUGGUUUGGAGCGUUGGGCCCUGGGAGCGCAUAUGAUCUGCGCCUAUUCCGCCUAUGAGGACACCUGCCAAGGUGACUCCGGCGGCCCCCUCUUCAUGGCAGACAAUCCGCUCAACAUGAACCUCUCCAAAGGGAAUCCUCACGUUGACCUCAUCCUUGGCAUCAUGUCGUUUGGCCCUGACCUGUGCGCCAGGGGCAGAGGUGGUGCCUACACACGGGUCUCUGACAUGCGCGAUUGGAUCGAUGCAAUCAUGGAAGGGAAGGCAUACUCUGAGGAGGCGGACGCUGCAUCUCGGGGACUGUCGGGCUUCUGUUGCCUCGAAAGGAUCUUGUCAAUGCUGAUGUUUUUCCUGAUGACUCGCGGCGCCUGCAGGACCCUUCCGGAGCACAUACUGACAACGGCUCUGAAAGCCAAGGGAUACUUCCUGGCCAGAGGAGAGCACCUCUACCGCCACGGCGACGCCUUAGGGUCCACCUUCUCCUACUGGAUCGCUUGGCGGCUGUGUCUACUAUUUAGGAACGAAGACCACGUGCGCAACCUCGCCACCAAAAACGGCCACGUGAAGGCACAGCGGCUUUACUAUCACGGCGACUUCUGGGGAGCCAUGAUAUGCUAUUGGCUGGACUGGCAGCUCUGCAGGCACAUGGCAGGCGAAGAGCACCCCCACGCGCUAAAAAGCCUGGAGGAGCAUGGCCGGGCCCUUAGAAGGUUGAAGUACCCAUUAAGGGCCAAGGACUGCCACACGACGGUGCUGGAGACCUGCAGGCGGCGCCACGGCCAGCACCACGCCGACACCAUCAAGUCCCAGAUCAACCUGGCCAACGUGUACCUGUCGCUCAAGAACCUGGAGAAGGCCGAGAGCUUGCUGUUGUCGGCCAUCAAUACCCUCGAGGAGGUUCGUCAGUACAACCUGCUGGUAGCGUUGUGCUGGAACAGCAUGGGCAACGUGCACCAGGCGGCGGGCAACGUGGGCUCGGCGGUGAGGUGCUACGGCAAGGCGCUGUGCAUCCGGGAGUCCUUCCUCUGCGCAGAGAAUCCAGACACUCUGGCGUCCAGGUACGAUUUGGCCUCAGCUUUGGAAAUGAGGGACAGUCCAUUGGCGCUGGCGCUGAGCGAGAACAUCCACGCCGCCGUGUAUGACGCCAGGCUGCGCGUCCUUGGGGCCCACCACCCAGACACAGAGAACUCCAAGGCACACUGGACGCGCCUGAGGCGGCAGCGGCAGAUUGGCGUCCUAGCUGCGGCGGUUAGGUCGAUUGUCGCGGCGUGUGGCAACCUCAUCAAGUGGGUGGGUUGGGUGGUGUGGCCGCCAAGCGGUGCCAAUGUGCGGCAGUGA